AUGCCAGUGGUUCGCUACGAUGCCCGUGGCCAUGGUCGAUCCGAUGCCUCGGAGGCCUGCACCUGGCAGGCCAUGGGCUCGGACUUGCGCACCAUGCAUGAGACGAUGCUACCGGGUCGACCGGUCGUUCUGGGCGGCACGAGCAUGGGUUCUGCGGCCAGUUUAUACGCAGCCUUGGAGGCUCCAGAGAAGGUUGCGGCAUUGAUCAUCGCCACACCGCCGACAUGCUACGAAACGAGACGAAAGUUUGUCCCGCUUUACGAGCAGAGUCUCCAACUUGCGCAGGGGCAAGGUUUGAAAGCAGCCAAGAAGGCUGCUGCGAGCAAGGCGCGCCCACCGAUUUUCCUGGAGACGGAUGCCGGAAGAGCUUCCUUCGACAUCGGUUGGCGAGCUAAGUUUGCAAUGGGCCAGCGCCGAUACUGCGCGGCCCUCCGUGGUGCUAUCGACUCGGACUUGCCGCCGCCAUCCGCAAUAAAGCGAUUGACGAUGCCAGUCCUGGUUCUGGCGUGGAAGUCUGAUGCGCAGCAUCCGCUGGAAUCCGCGGAGUUGCUUUGCGAUCUGUUGCCUCAGGCACAGUCGCGGGUGGCUUCGUGCUGGGCAGAUGUCGAGAAGUUUCCGGGAUACAUGCGCCAAUUUCUGCAAAGCCUCCCCUAG